AUGAAGGUCACGACAGCAGUUUUGGCCGCCUUGAGCCUGGCCCCCGUCGCACUCGGAAAGGUCGCUCACAACGUUUACCCCGACGUUCGCCGGGGAGACAUCGCCCUUGAGGUCCGCGACAAGGGCAAUGACAACAAGAACGCCGAUGCCAAUGAUAACAACAAGAAAAACUCGCACAAGGCAACAGAGAAGGAGAUUGCCGAUCUCGCCAAGCUCAUCGGUCUCACCGCAGGCCUCAACGCUCAGCUCAACCUGCUCUGGGUCAACCUAGGUGGCGGUUCCGUCACCACCAUCAUUAACUCGGCCAAGACCGUCACCGUGACCGCCACGCAAGCCGUGACGGUGGUCAAUGGUGCUGCUGGUGGGGAAGCGACGGCGCCCCCUGCUGCCGACGUACCACCCGCCGCUCCUGCGACUCCCACCGAGCCCGCUGGCGUCGCUGCCCCGGUAGGAGGAGCCGCCUCCACGCACACCGUCACGGUCGGCGGACCGCAGGGUUUGGCCUUCAGCCCGGCGCAGACGCAGGCGGCCGUGGGCGACACCGUCAUCUUCACCUUCCUCAGCCAAAACCACACCGUGACGCAAUCGGCCUUUGAUACCCCCUGCGUGGCGCUCCCGGGCGGCAUGGACUCGGGUUUCCAGGCCAAUGUCAACAACACCGUCAACCCUCCGCCGCAGGUUGCUAUGCAGGUCAUGGUUGACACUCCCCUCUGGUUCUACUGCAAGCAAGGAAACCACUGCGGCAAGGGCAUGGUCUUCUCCAUCAACCCUACCCCCGAGAAGACCCAUGCUCAGUUCCAAGCCCAGGCUAUUGCGCAGAAUGGCACCGGCACCGACAGUGGCAUCACCGGCGGUACCGCUUCCGCUGCUCCUCCCGCAGCUCCUUCUGCGACCGUUGGCGGCGGCGGUGCCACAGCCGUCGCUGGUGGAGCUGCCCAAGCAACUGGAAACAUCGUGACUGGUGUCGGCCAGGUCAACGCCGAUGGCUCGUGCGUGUGCGCUGUCGCUUGCGCUGCCGGUUCCUUCCCUAAUAUUGCGGCCCAGGGUGUGAAUGCCUUUGGUGGUGUUGGUGGUUCGAUUCCUAGAGCCAUGGCUCUUGGUGCUCCUGCUCCUGCCUAA